UUCGGCCCCUUCAGUGCUGCUGAGGUCAAUGCGGGUCACAAUGUCAUUACCGCCCCAGGACUAAACUCUCUCGUGUUUUCUGUCUUCCUCAUUUGCAAAUUUGUCAUUGCGUGAACUGCGUAUUCCAGAAUACACCAUUUUCCACGUCCCUACGAAAGAUUCGUAAUAGGCUAUGGUGAAUGGUAUUUGCGCAAACCACUGACCCUUUUGUGCGUCGCUUCUCAGUGAACGGAUUUUUUUUGGUACCGAGCGGAGAGGGGAUGCACACGGCACUCGAGUGAGGUCAGCUGAUCCUCAAAUAUCAUUGUCAGAUUAAUCAGCUCCUCAACUGGAAAAGUCCAUAGUGUCGGGAUUGAGGUCUCAAGGCAGGACAAUAUUAUUACGUUAAACGGAAGAAAGCGCCCUUGGAUAUGGGGUCUCAUAGCGGAGAAACAAUGCGGGUCCAUGUGCACACCACAUUCUGCUUCCUGUGCGUGCUCACAUUCCUCUUUCACCAGUGCAGCCACUGCCAUGGCGACGGCCACCACCAUAACCACGGUCAUCAUGACCUUAGCCAUGGCGGUGCCGGCAACCAUGAUGGUCAUGAGCAUGCCCACAAUGACCUGCAAAUCUCCCAGGAUCCUUACACUGGCGGAGGACAAAGGUUAGGCGGAGGUUCUGGCCAGGUGCUAGCGCAGGAACAGCACUUCUACAUUCAGGAACUUUUCCAGCGCCAUGGCCAUCGUGACCAACUGGAUUUCCGUGGCUUUCAGAGCCUGCUGGUCAGCCUAGGUCUAGGUGUGGUGAAAGUGGUGGGCAUGGAACAUGAUGACCACGACCAUGUUGCCCACCUGGAUCUGCUGGAGGUCCAGGAGGGCCUCCACUCUCACUUGCCAACCCAUGAAGGGCCAGGUCAUGGGCACGGACACCAGCAUCCACGGGGGAAAUCCCACUUACACCCCCACCAUCCACACACAGAGCCGGGGCCGACGCACUCCACGUGCCACCAUCUGGCAACCGGUGUUAGUCCCACCGAUGACGGUGGUUCACUGGAGCUUGACCACAACCAUGACCUCGACCUCAGUCUGGUGAAAGAUGAUAACCUUGAUCAUGACCACGAACACAUCCAUAUUCAUGACCACGAUCAUAAACAUGACCACGAAAUGGAGCACAAACAUGAACAGCUCAACCAGGAUGACCAUAGCAACAAGACUCACCAUGAUCACGACCACAGCCAUGACACUGAUCACAAACCCCACACACCUCACCAUCCUUCCCAAAACAGCACAGACAACGCAGACAGUCCUUCAGCACAUCAAGGAGAGCCUCCCACUGCCCUAUCACAGGCCCUCAAGGUUCAACCAAUGGCCAAAGCCACAGGUAGUGCAGCAGAUCCCAUGGACAAGAACUCCGCCCCAACCACUGCCACUACCGACUCCAAGCGGAUGAGAACCAGAAAACCCAAAGGGAGUAAAGGUCUGCGACCCCGAAACAGUCAUGAACAUGGCCACGGUCCUGCACCCAAGGCCAAGAGGGCGGUGGCUCCAGUGAACCCAACGUUACAAGUGCCUGCCCUGCCCGGGCAUCCGGAAGGCAAGACUCAUAAGCAUGAGGAGUGUCUCAAUCUGACCCAGCUUCUCAACCACUAUGGCCUCAGUCCCGAUUCGCGCAUCUCGCCCAACCAGUUUACAUACCUGUGCCCGGCCCUGCUCUACCAGAUCGACAGCCGCGCCUGCAUCCGCCACUAUCACCAGGUGGACGUGGAGCAGGCAGCCUUAGAAACAGCCAACUCCGCGUGGGUCUGGAUGUGGGGCUUUGUCUCCAUCACCAUCAUCAGCCUGCUGUCCCUGCUGGGUGUAAUCCUGGUGCCCAUCCUGAACCAGGGUUGCUUCAAGUUCCUGCUCACUUUCCUGGUGGCCCUGGCCGUGGGCACGCUCAGCGGUGACGCCCUGCUCCAUCUGCUGCCACACUCUCAAGGUGAGCAUGAUCAUGGUCACGGUGAGUCAGGAAACUCAAGUGACACCGAAGAGGUGGACAUGCUCACUGCUUUCGAUGGGGUCUGGAAAGGCCUGACGGCGUUGGCCGGAAUCUACCUCCUCUUCAUCAUUGAGCACUGCCUCGGCAUGUUCAAACACUACAAAGAUGCCGGGGGCACCUUCUGUCGCAGGAAGAGGAAGGGUGAGGAGGCCAAGAUUGGCAGGAAGCUGUCAGACCACAAGCUGAACCGGCGCUCGGACGCAGAUUGGCUUCACCUCAAGCCACUGACCGAAGGUGAGCAGACAGGUUCGGACAGCACGGCCAUCUCCUGUGAUAACGGCCACAACGACACCCAGCUCAGCGAGCUCCAGCCACUCGACUCAUCCAGCAACAACACGCCGCUGGCAUCUGCUGACUCCGGGUCAGACUCGAUUGCAAAAGAGAAUGGGCGCCGGCCCAAAAAACACCGCCACGGGCACAGCCACGGCGGGCACCUUAAUGGAGGUGGGCACGGGCACUCGCAUGGCGGGAACUGCCAUUCAGACCAAGAGAUGAAAGACGCAGGCAUCGCCAGCAUUGCCUGGAUGGUCAUCAUGGGUGACGGCAUGCACAACUUCAGCGACGGCUUGGCCAUAGGUGCUGCCUUCAGUGCAAACAUCACAGGUGGCAUCAGUACAUCGGUCGCGGUAUUCUGCCACGAGUUGCCUCAUGAACUGGGGGACUUUGCGGUGCUGCUGAAGGCCGGCAUGUCGGUGAAACAGGCCAUCGUAUAUAACCUACUGUCUGCCCUCAUGGCCUACGUGGGCAUGGUGAUCGGCACAGCCGUGGGCCAGUACACACACAAUGUCACCAGCUGGAUCUUUGCAGUCACCGCUGGCAUGUUCCUCUAUGUGGCCCUCGUGGACAUGUUACCAGAGAUGCUCCACGGUGACAGUGAAGAACACAAGCGCUGUCAGCUGGGACACUUUGUCCUGCAGAACCUGGGACUGCUCACGGGAUUUUCCAUCAUGCUGCUCAUUGCCAUCUUCGAAGACCAGAUCGUCUUCGACUUCGGCUUCUAGCCGCGGGGGGGUGGCCUGUAGGGUCAGGUUGGGACGAGGGGGGGAGGAAUGUGAGACUGUGUAGUGGUACUCAUGCUUUUUGGCCUUAAAAUGUGCUUUGUUUCUUGUGUGGUCGUCCGAUGUCCCGCAUGCGUGGCGGUCAGUCAUGCUCCCUGUGCCUGCAUUCCCAAAAUCAGAAGCGGGGGCAUAUACACGAGUCUCAUGAUCAUGCAGUCAGAUGAUGUUUACACUUUUGCCCCCACCCAUCCCUUCUAACUCUUCGUAUCUCAUUGCUUAUUCCUUUUCAGCUCACUUUCAACCCCAUGCUACUAUGUCUUGCUAGCUGAUUGGGACAGAUCAUGUUGUAUUGAUGUUGUAUUGGAGGAAAUCCUCUAGGUUACGCAACACUUUGGAUAUAACAAAUCAACAGGCGUGUCAUAUUCAUACUGGUCUAAAUAUCCAACAAGACGAAAGUUCACGUCUUCGGCUGAGCCUCAGUAAUCAACAGGUGUGCGCCACUGCUUCUGGGCGUCCGUCUGUGAACAAAAGCAGGUCCUCACCUGUCUUGAUGAAAUGGCUGACUCCUAACCUGGAGAAGUCAGCCCCAGACUGCUACCCACCAGCUCAGGGCCCUCCCCUGCAGAGAGGCAUCUGUCAUGGCCCAACAGCCCUCUGUUCAUCCAUCAUAGCCCUGUGCAGUGCGUCACCAACAACGUCCCCCCCAUCCCUUUAAUUUGUCAUGAACCCUGCGGUGUGUUCCAUUAUCCAUGCCUAGUGUACCUGCGGCGUCUUUCCAAUUGCCAACAUCCAUCAUAAACUCAUGAUGCGUGUCCCACUGCGACUCAGCGUCUAGUGUCUCACACCGUGGCGAUGUCAAGACCAGGCCACUGCGGUUAGCUUGCACAAGUACCACACUUAGAGUAGCUCAGCCCCAGCCAGUCCAUAGACUCACAAGUGUUUAAAGGAAGCGGUCCUAAAGCCCACAAUGUUUUCGACAGGUAUUGUAUGCCCUCCACAAAGACCUGUGGACAACAACUUUUAUUUUGUCCAAAUAAAAUGUGAACGCUACUACCCCAACCUUACAAGAGAGAUCAACUAUAACAGCUUAGUGUUCAUUUGCGGCAUUUUGUUGAUACGUAUUUAUUUAUUUUUUGCCUCGCCUCAAUGGUGGAUUUGAGAAGUAUCAAAGGUACACAAUUCUUCAUAGUGCUAUGAAAGAAAAACACUAGGCGCUCAUGCCCCUAGUCAUUUGCCUUUCAGUGUGUAUUAAAGACUGAUGUUCAAUGUAGAUUUCACAGCGCUCAAGUGAAGGGAAUAUCUGGUCAGUUUUCACAAUGAAGAAGGUUGAAGCAUGAAGCUAACUUUUAUGCUGUUUUGGUCCUGUAGCUAACAGAUGUUAGUGGAUUGAAGCGCACCCAUUCACAUACUCUAUAUGAUCAUGUGAGAAUGAAGUUUUGCAUCAUGCUUAUCUCAAUAUCUGCAGUGUGGCUCAUGGCGUCGUAAAAUAGAAAGUCUACCCUUUAAUAUUAUUUGGGGAGGGAGGGGGGUUAUGAAAUAUUGCCCAACCACUGCAUUUGUAGGGCUGAAAGUUUAGCCUGUAAACCAAAAUAAUUUUUUUGUGUAUGAAGCCCUAAGUCUUAUGUAAAUUGAGAUGGUAUUGUUUCUGUCUGUGUUGAGAAGAGAACAGUGUUGUUUUUUGUUUACUACAUUGAGGGCACCAUUUUUUUUUUUUUUUGCCAAAAACAGGAAAUGCAUUGUUGUAUUUGUUUUCUUUGAAAUCUCCAUUUUAUAGAUCUUGGCACAAUUACCCCUGUUGUUAAGUCAGCAAGAUUGAAAACAAAUGAUGCACAAUCUGAUUAUUAAAUGGGGAAUAAAACGUCUUUCCUUACUAAAUCAACCAUGUUAAGACUGUUUUCGGCUUAAGUACAGGAACCCGAGAAACUGUAGUGCCAAUGGUAUUCCUGCUUUACGUUUUUUCCUUGUAAAACAAAGUCUGAGAUGUUUGGUCAAUGUGUUGUGUAUAACUCCUCCCAAUUCUGUGGAAGAAAAGUACUUGUAUCAAAGAAUACGUUUUCAUGCGUCAUUGUGAAAUUGACAAUCCGGAAAAGACCAAGCAUGUCACUGCCCUUUUAUCACUGCUAAAAUAUGAUUUAUGUCUCUAUUAUUUGAGUACCUACCAAUUAGCACACUUUGCACUUCUAUUUGAUAUGUCUCAAUAAAACCACAAAACUAGUCAUUAGGCUUUCCUUUGAUAGAUUAUUUUUAACAAUCAUUAGUUUGAUAUUUUGGGUUUAUUGGGUGUAUGUUAUAAGACGCCACACCGACUGUGCCAAAAGUGGCCCACUUGGGGUUUUCUUUACCGUCAUUUUGUGCUUGCCGUUGCUUCCGGACAUUCCAUUGGCUGUCUGCUGCUCGGGUGUCAAGCAAGCCAUCCAGGCUGCUUCACCUGGGCUGAAUUCCGAUUCAUUGAAGUUAACGUGUGAAAUUCACUCCACCUAAAAAACUGUUUGAGAUGUUACCCGUAAAUUCUAUUCUGAUUUACUUUAAGGGCAGGUUUUUGUUGCUAUGCCCUCAAGUCUCACUUUUACUAUAUAAUCCUAAAGCUGAAAUUACCCACAGUCCACCAGUUAUUCUCCUUCAGGGGAAUCGGAAUUCAGCCCUGCUGUGCUGGAGCACAUUGAAAUGUGCAACCUUCAUUUAUCCUGUCACUGUGUGACAUCCAUCGUCUUGUCUUAUCGGCUGUGACUCAUCGUCAAUCACAUUAAACUAAUGUACUUGAUCAGAUCGAAUCAUGCAUGAGGCAUGAGUGAAAUGGAACAGGAAAAUGUUUUUAAUGUAAUUGUUUCUCUGCUUUUGUAUAGAAAAUAUGAAGAUAAAAGCAUAGUCAAAACCUUUGUUACAGUUAGUGUGAGGAAAAUAGCAACUGUAGACAAUUCAUUCUUUGAAGUUUGCUGAAACUGCUGAAUUUAUCAUUUCCAUUCCUAUAUUUUGUACAACACUGACUGAAUGUUCAGCUAAGUGUAACUUAUCACAGAUCUGUAAUUGCAUUCAUAGUGUAAUUUAAUUCAAAUCAAAUACUGUAAGUUGACCUGUAAUUGAAGUAUCAUAGUAGUCCUUUUGAUAAGUUGCCCUUGUUCAAGGGCUGGAAAGGAGCUCACUAAUGUUACUACAUGCUUCCUACAAUCAAUUGUUCAUGUAUUGAAGAGAGUUUAACAAGUGUCAAGUUCAUGUAUUGAAGAGAGUUUAACAAGUGUCAAAUUGCCAUUUCAAUGCCCCAAGGAAUUUCUGAAUAUCUUUACUAAACUAUUUGCAACAAAUCUGAAAUUAUGAAGGUCUAUGGUUGUAUGGUUUUUGAUUUAAUACACUGUUUACAUACCUAGAUAUCAAAAUUGAGUAAUUGCAUUUAUCAUCCUUGCUGAUUGUCUGUGUGUUUGUCCAGUCAGGAAAGAAUAAUAAAGUUUGCAAAGAGGCCCUUUUG